UUUCCUCUACAACAGUAUCAUCAUGUAUCGCUUUUUAAAUCGCCUAUCAAACUCGAUCAGAAGCCUCGAAAGUUAUAUUUUUGGAGGCAAUGGGUUUCCACCAGGAACUCUAGCAUUGGCUCAAGUUGACUGUAUGCCGAUGCACGCUUCAUCAAAUCCAAAGAAAGCAUUUUCUCUACGCGAUCUGAUAGGGGAUGGUCUUUUAUGGGCCGUACCGAAGCACCGUCGAACUGUAGAAAAACGACACAAGAGAAAAUAUGGCUCUCCUCAGUACAAGCUAAAGAUUUUUCUACCAAAAACACAUUUGCGAUCCUGUGCAACGUGCGGUAGUGAUCAUGAAGUAGGAGUGUUGUGCCCUGUGUGUUACAAAAAAAUACGCACUGAAACUGAAUUGAUGCAAGAGAACAUUCAAAAGGAGCUAGGCUUAGACCCAGUGGACAAAGAGGUAGUGGUAUUGUACGAUCGCGAAAAGGAUGAACAGCCAGAUGAGUUUUGGCAAGGAAAGCGUAUCGUGGAGAUGGAAAAACGCCGCCCCAUGUGGUUCAGCAAAAACAUGCUUCAAAAAUCUACACAAUCACAGUCCGAACCGGACGAACUGAAGCCGGGCCAUGAAAAGUUGGGCUAAAACAUUUGGAAAUAGUGUUGUAA